GGAGCUUCCGUACUUUUGGCAACGGAACAGCUGUUGCUAGGCAACAUGAACUGAGUCUCAGCCACAACCUUGCGUAGAAGAAAAGAUGGAGCAGAAUGAAGUUCAAUCAAAGCCUCUAUCCAACAUACCGCUCUCGAAUAUGGAAGAUGAACACAGUUCUAGCUACAAGAUUGCAAAAUCCCAACCCAGGGCUGUGCAGAAUCCUGGAAUGAAGGUAGCAGUCCAGAAUGCAAAGAAGGUGACCAAAAAAAAGGUCAUAUCAGCAAAAGGUGUGGAAGCUGGACAACAAAGAAAGAGUUUGGAGGAGAAAAUAAAUGACUUCCUUGCUCAGGAAAAGGCUGCAGCUGUUUCUGACCCUGAAACCCGAGUUCUGAGGGUCAAACUCCACAUUAUGCAAGAAGAACUUGAUCUGCUUUCAAGUGAUUAUCAUGAGAAGGAUGAUGAAAUUGCUAAGCUUUGUGCAAAAAAUGAGGAGCUUCAGGAUGACCGAGACAAACUGCAGAGGACCAUCAAUAUCCAGAAAACACAGAUCGAGGAGCAGAAAGCCUCAGCCAGGAAGUUUGCUCAAAAAUGUGAUGAUCUCCAGCAGCAGGUUUCUGCUUUAAGCAAGCUGGUCAGAUCUUAUGAGGAGGAGGUGGAGAAGAUGACCUGCCAACUGAGUAAGACCAAACUGAUAAACACGAACACAAAAAGUGAAGAACAUCCAAAUGUAGAAAAUCUGCUGAAUGAAAACAAAAUGCUUAAAAAGCAAAAAACUGAACUUGUUGUGGGUUUGAAGAAACAGGCCAUGCUAAUCGACAUUCUAAAAAGACAGAAGAUGCACCUUGAGGCUGCAAAGCUGCUGUCUUUCACAGAGGAAGAGUUCCUCAAGGCUAUGGACUUGGAGACACAAUGAACAUGUUUCUUCGUGUUAGAGAGCUACGCUGUGAAGAUAACUCUCUGUGUUGAACAAUUGUUUGCAGCAGCAUUAAUCAAUUAAAUAUUUAAUUCAAUGUUGUCAUUGUAUUCUGUACUCAUGGAACAUACCCAGCUCUCCUCU